UAUUAAUAAAAAAACAAUUAAAAUUCAAUGCAAAGCAGAUUGUUAAUAAAUAAUUAACGACCUUGACGCUCUCUCUCUCUCUCUCUCUCUCUCUCUCUUCACUCGAAGUCUCUCUCUCUCUCGCUGCCGCCUUGCUGCUUUGAUUCUCAUUUCCACCAAAAAGGAAGGAAGAGAAAGAGAAGUUCGUUCGUUUCCCAAUAUAGACAAUACAGAAGAAGAAGCAGUCUCUUUCUAACUUCCUUUAGAUCCGAAUCUCACUCCAUUUCUUCGAUCUCUUCCUCUCCACCGACGAUUUGUGCCUCUCUCUCUCUCUCUGCCUUAAUCUGUGAUCUGUUUCUCCCCGUCUCCUCCAAAUCUACAGAGCUACUGAAUCACUCGUUUUUGGAGUCGUCAACUAUACGCUGAGGCGAUGAGGGGAAGAUCGGAUGGAGGGAAAAAGAAGCCGGUGAUUGUUUUGGUCUGCGUUGCAGCGGUAGUACUUGUUUGUGUAUAUCUCUUCUUCGGCUCCUCUAACCAUGGAGCAUCAGCUAUUGAGUAUGGGAGGAAGCUAGGGUUAGGUGGUGAUGACGAUGACACCAAGAAGGAUGAUAUUUCUAGCUUGUUUGCUGUUGAUGAGGGAAGCAAUGGUUUCACACCAAGAAGCUUUCCUGUGUGUGAUGACCGGCACUCGGAGCUUAUUCCUUGCUUAGACAGGAAUCUCAUAUACCAAAUGAGAUUGAAGCUGGACUUGUCUUUGAUGGAGCAUUAUGAACGCCACUGUCCUCCUCCUGAAAGGCGAUUUAACUGCUUGAUCCCUCCUCCUCCAGGUUAUAAGAUUCCAAUCAAGUGGCCGAAAAGCAGAGACGAAGUGUGGAAAGUGAACAUUCCUCAUACUCACCUUGCGCAUGAGAAGUCUGACCAAAACUGGAUGGUUGUCAAAGGAGAGAAGAUCAAUUUCCCUGGUGGAGGCACGCAUUUUCACUAUGGUGCUGAUAAGUAUAUUGCAUCAAUGGCAAAUAUGCUUAACUUUCCGAACAACAUUUUGAACAAUGGGGGAAACCUGAGGACAUUUCUGGAUGUUGGCUGUGGUGUUGCGAGCUUUGGAGGUUAUCUUCUUGCAUCAGAGAUUAUGACAAUGUCCUUGGCACCAAAUGAUGUGCAUCAGAACCAAAUCCAGUUUGCUCUUGAGAGAGGGAUUCCUGCAUACCUCGGUGUUCUAGGGACCAAGAGGCUCCCAUACCCAAGCAGAUCCUUUGAACUUGCACACUGUUCUCGUUGCCGAAUCGACUGGCUUCAAAGAGACGGUAUCCUUCUUCUCGAGCUCGACAGGGUGCUAAGACCUGGUGGCUAUUUUGCAUAUUCAUCUCCAGAAGCAUAUGCACAAGAUGAAGAGGACCUCAGAAUAUGGAGGGAAAUGAGUGCUCUUGUUGGGCGUAUGUGCUGGACGAUAGCUGCGAAGAGGAACCAAACUGUAAUUUGGCAAAAACCUUUGACAAACGAUUGUUAUUUGGGAAGAGAACCAGGAACACAGCCUCCUCUAUGCAAUUCUGACAGUGACCCUGAUGCUGUAUAUGGUGUAAACAUGGAAGCUUGCAUUACUCAAUACAGUGACCGUAAGUGUGAAGCGUUCUCAACUUACCCUAGGACUUAUGAUUUGCUCCAUGCUUGGGACAUCAUAUCUGAUAUCAAGAAGAGAGGUUGCAGCGCAGAGGAUUUGCUGUUGGAGAUGGACCGUAUACUUCGACCAAGCGGUUUCGUACUCAUAAGGGACAAACAAUCAGUAGUCGAUCUUGUGAAGAAGUAUCUCAAGGCUUUGCAUUGGGAAGCAGUUGAUACUAAGGCAGCCUCAGAUUCAGACCAAGACUCCGACAGUGUCAUACUUGUUGUCCAGAAGAAGCUCUGGUUGACAAGUGAAAGCCUCAGAGAUUUGGAGUGAUGAUGAUGAUGAUGAGGCUAAGAGCUGUGCCUCCAACAUGAAAAAAGAAAAUUCAGAAAAGAGAUUUCUUUAUUGGGAGAAUCUAAUCGAAACAUACAAACGAAGAAAUUUCGUUUUAUAGCGGCAAUUUAAUGUUUCUUUUAUGGUGUUCUUUUGAUAUCUUUCUUUCUUUACAUAUUCAUCAUAUAUGUUUGUAUGGUUCAUUAGGGAUAAUACACUACAGUUUCCUAUCAAUUACAAAACUUUUUUGGGGUGUAAUUUAUGUAUUAAAUCACUGAAUAAUAAUAGAUUCACAAACUCAUCUACUCUUUUGAUAAUCG